GGCAGGCGGGACACGAGAGACACCCCCACAGAAAGAGAUAAUAAUGGCUGGCAAACCUUGCCACUAUGAGGUGCUGGGGCUAGCGCGGAGCGCCAGCUCAGGGGAGGUGAAGAAAGCCUACCGGAAGAAGGCCUUGUAUUGGCACCCGGAUAAGAACCCCAACAACAGAGACCAGGCUACAGAGAUGUUUCGGCUCGUUUCGGAGGCGUACGAGGUCCUGGGAGACCCGGAGAAGAAGAGGUUCUACGACACGUACGGGCACGAAGGCGUUGCUAGCGCCGAACAGCAGCAAUCGGCGGAAGGGGCCGGAGCCUCCGGUGCUCAAUGGUACAACCAGCAAAACCCCUUCCCGCACGGGAUGCGAGACCCCUUCGAGAUGUUCGAAUCCUUCUUCGGGAGAGCGGGGGCUAAUAACGGUCGCGGAAUUGGAGGAGACUUGUUCGGAAUGAUGGACGCGGGUGGCUUCUUUGACCAAGACCCGUUCUUUGGCGGCGGCGGCGGGGCGGGUGGCAGCGGUGACCGUCGCCGGGGAGGUUCGCGGCGCGGCGGCGGCGGCGGUGGUGGCGGAGGAUUCGGUAAGAGGGGGUUAGGCCGACAGUGUCGUUCUCGCGUUCCUUCCUACAGAGUGGUUGUUUCCGCUUCUUAAGGACAGCUAUUGUUGUUAUUAACAGAACAGAUGUAGCGUUCCCGUAUGUCGGGGACAUUUUUUUUCUUUCGGUUUUUAUCCUUGGAGUGUUUCUUUUUUUUUUCUUUGCGGUUUAUGUACCAUCAUGCUUCUGAAGAAUAUGAUGUCCCUCGUAAGGGCCGGUGUCCUUGAAGCGCGAAGGCGGCGAGCACUCAUGUUGUGCAUGCGAUAGUGGGUAGACCACUGAGCACGCGUCCUCGAGAGGACGGAGCAUUAAGCAUUGCCCUUCACGGGGGGGGAGGUGUCGUUAUAGCGGAGAUGACGGUGGACAUGACUUGACAAGAGUUUUCAGCAACACUCCUUUUGGCGGUGUGAUGCAGAAAGAUGCACGCGUCAGUGCAAUGAUUGUACAUUGCAGGCCCAGUUCCGUCAAUAGUGCGGGGACCAGUUACAAGUGCAGGGCCCGAUGUGGUUGGCAAGAAUCCCGCAACACGGGGGUUUUGGCGACUGAGCUGACUAAGGACAGUGUGGGAAUCCCGUUGUAGAGCGGUUGUUUUUUCUUGCCGGCAUUCCGCACUUUCGAGGUACAGUACCGUGACUGCAAGGGCAUACCAUGACCGAUGAAAUUCAACAGCAGCAGUGGCACCAGGUACAGUAGUGUCCAUCAGAUCCAGCAGGGGCAUUAGAUCCAGUCGUACCAGGUGCAGUUGUGGCACCAGAUCCAGUACACGUUUGAGUGCAGGUCGUGCUACAUCCCAUACCCUGUAAGGGUGCAUCCGUGCAACUGCAGACCCGCCUGUCGUCUAUGUCAUUACGGGCCUGUAUCACGGCUUUGUGUUCCUGGGGGCAUGGUUUCCUGCUGUUCAUCUUUACGAGGCCCUGCCCUGGUUGUUACUACUAUGUUUGAAUUGCACCCGUCCAGCCGCGAGCACUACAGCCCUCCGUGUGACGUAAGCGAUUUGUUUCCCUCCUGUUCGUGUUCCGUCUCCACUACUUGAACUGUCGUGGUGCACGUCAUAUCGCGACGUCGACCCCGCGCGUGCGGUUCGUCUUCUGCCGCCCCACGACUUCCAAUCGCAAACGGCCAACCACCCCUACUGCCGCCAUCACCAUUGCCACCACAAAUUCGACGACUACGUUACAACAACGAAAUGAAAACGACGACGACGACGACGACGACGACAACGACGACGCAACAAGCGGCAGGGAGUCUCUUCCCCGGUCACGGUUUCAUGAUGGGCGGCGACGACUUCUUUGGCGGCGGCGGCUUCAGCAUGAGCAGCAUGAGCAGCAGCAACAUGGGCGGAGGGGUGUCCACCAGCACGUCGACUUCUACGACGAUCGGGGCCGACGGUGUCCGCCGCACCAAGUCCAGGACCGAAAAGACGGUGGUGCACCCGGACGGGACGAGAGAAACCAAGGCAAGAGGAUAGGAGGAUGGUGGUGGUGGGAUGACUAGUAUUGUACGUCGUUGCUGCUGCUGCUGCUGCUGCUGCUGCUGCUGCUGCUGCUGUUGGUGUUGGUGUUGUUGUUGGUGGUGGUUUUGUUGUUUUUGGUGGCGGUGGCAGUGGCGAUGGUAGUGAUGCUGCCGCUUGAGCGUGGGCACCUCUCCCUCUGCAACGGAUUGUCGUGGCCAGGUGGUUGCUUCCCCCGCCCCCGCUUGUGGCAACGCCUCCGUUGCAUGGCACCGAUGCCUCCUCCGCUCACAUCACUUGUGCCACCCACUUUGUGUUGCCCUUGCGUCCCAUCCCCUUGCCGCUCUGAUGCGCUCAGGUCGAGGAGUUCGUUGACGGUGUGCCGGUCCCCGUGUCGGGAUCAAUCGCGAACGGCUAGGGUUGAGAGGCCCUUCACCGCGGAACGAAGGGGGGGGGGGGGGGGGGGGGGGGGGGUACGUGCUCGUCGAAUCCGGACCACAGUAAAAGCAGGGGGGGACUCCCAUCAUUCGCGCUUGUGACGUAUCAUGCACAUGUCCUCAAGGAGAGGAGGCANGCUUUUCGGGACCGUUGAAAACGUGUCUCGGAGGAGAUGAAGGAAGGCUGGUCCUCUCCUUUGUAGAGCCACUAUCACCUUCACCGGGCGCCUCUUUCGAAAGCACCAGUAUGUCUGGAAAUCAGCGGCUGUAUGCGUAACCCUUUUUUGUGUUCAUUUUCUUGUGUGUGUGCGUGUGUGGGUCUUCUGGUGAAUUUGUUCGACUUGCUUGGAUUCUCUACGGAUUGAUGCGAUUGCGAUAUGCAGUCCUCCUUUUGUUUCUAGGGGCAGGGUUGGGGUUGGGGGUGAUGUUCGGGCGGGUCGUUAGCGAUACACGAACAACUUUGGCAGGGCAGGUCCUCCCCUGAUCAUUUUUUGUUCUUGUUCUCCUUUUUUCGUGCUGUUUCCUCCUCCGAUUCGGACCACAACGUAGUCGGUGGCGCUUGGCGCAUCAAUGUCUGUCCACAGCACUAGUGCUGCGAGUCGGGGUGGGUCUUUCGGCACUCCUCGGCCGAAACGCUCGCGUGUGAGAGUGGGAUGAGGCAUGUAAGUGCCCACAGUUUUCCUAGGUCACUGAUUUCUGAUUGGCCGAAAUUCCUUGCAAAUCGCCAUGGCGGUGCCUUUUUUACUCCUUUCUCUUACUGCUACGAUGUGUUUACCAGGUUGUAGUUCAUUCAUCCUGUCCUCUGCUUCUGCGUCUGCCGUGCGUGUGUGUUGCUAAGAAAAAAAAAUGACGUAGAGCGCAUGGUCGAUAAAUGAAACGGGGAUCCCGUGAAAUCAUUAGGUAUAUCUGGCGCGACUCUUUCCUAUGACGCGUGGACUGUUAAAAUGGUGGCGUCUUGCGAGGUUCAAGGGCCAUAGGGACCGGGGGUAUUGUACAUAACGAUCUCUUGGUUUUCGCGCUUCUGUGGGAGAAAUAGUCGAUUUCACCACUAUGAUUAGUCAGAUCGGCUGUCCAAGUCUGGGGGUGUCUUGCGCUGUUCUUGCAAUGCGGGAGCGCCACGGGAAGGAGGGGAGUGUAUUGACGGUGUCGUGUUUUUUCGCGAUGCCGUACGAGUAGUAGUAAUCGACUUCACUACUGUUGGUUGGCAAAUCGAGUCACCGAGUGCGAACACGCCGUUUGCCGCGUGCGUGUGUGAAAAAUAUGCAUGUCGGGGCGUUGUAUGCAUGCUUUCUUGGUUGUCCUUUUGCCGACCGUGCGCGCUGCUGAAUUCGGCUUAAAACUCACCAACAGAGAGACACGUCAGCCUUGUGCGUAGUAGGUGGUGAUGGUGUGCGUUGUGCCGUGUUGAGCAAUCAUAUUAGUCUCAUUUGUGGUGUCUUUUUCUGUGCAAGGGAGUGUGUAUACGCCGCACGCCAUGCAUGUUGUGUUGUAUGCAGGUGGCUGUCGAUAUCGGGUUACUACAUUUUUUUUUGGGAGUGUUUUUGGACGCUCACCGAAGCGGCGUCGCGCUUACUUUUUCAUGUUAAGGGAGUUUUUUUUUCUUAUUUUUUCCUCCGCAUUCCGUUUGCGGUGCUUGUACGUUCAUUUCUUUUUUGUCGCGAGUAUUAGGAUCGCAAGCCUUACCUUCUCCUCAUCGCCAGUGUAGGAAGGCGGGGUCUGUUGUUUGCUGGUGAACGAGCACAUCAAUAUAAGGGGGGGAAAUGUACGCCUGACCAAGAGCAAACUGCAAGUCUCCAGUUGGUUUCAAUCC